UGCCUUUUCUGUGAGACCCAAGCCCCUCCAGAUCAGAUGGUUGAGCUCCCGUGCGGCCACAGCUGGUGCCCCAGAUGCCUAGAGUACUCGGUUCGAGGGGCCCUGCUCUCUCGAGUCACUUACCCACCAAUGUGCUGCGAAGACCUCCCCGGUGGCAUCCCCAUCUUCCUGGUCCAGGGUCACCUGGACCAGAGCUUACUGGCCCAGUGGGACGAGAAGCACAAGGAGUUCUCGGACCCCGACCCCACAUACUGCAGCAACCCGAGAUGCACCACGUAUAUCUCGAGCCUCGAGAUCGAGGAGGGCGCCCGGUACGUCAAGUGCCAGAAGUGCGGCGAGCAGACUUGCGUCUGGUGCGGGUCUGUCAAAGAUGCCCACGUCAACUCUGGCGAGUGCCCCGAGGGCGGCCUCGGCGAACAGGAUCACGAGGUCCUCAUCAAGGAGGGCUGGAUCCAGUGCCCUCGUCGCAAAUGCGGUGUCAUUGUGGAGCGUAUCGACGGCUGCAACCACAUGAUAUGCGAGUGUGGCGCGGAGUUCUGUUAUGCCUGUGGCGGGUUCCUUCAGGGGGAUCAUACCAUCACUGAGAAUGGCGCAGUCAUGUGCAAUUGUUCGGGCGAGGUGAGUACAUGGACUCUUUGA